UUCCAUAUGAAAGCGGAAAAGAUGAUGUACCUUCUUACAUGUCUUGAUGUGGAUCAUGUCUUUAUCAGCGCCAUGUCUUUAUCACCUCAUACCCAUAGACGUGAAACAUUUAUCACUAUUUAUGAAUAACCUACAAGUGUACUACUGCAUAUCCCUGCUAUUAAUAACCCAGCCUUAUUUUUGUUUAUCCCAAAUGGAAUUUACUUUUCUUUCCACAUCCAUACAAACUCUCACUUUCACUCUCUCUCCCACCUAAUACCCCUCCGCAGCUCAGAUGAUGGAGGCUAUCGUGGUUGAAUCUCCACCACCACCCAAGUCACCUGAAACAGAACGUCCCCGUCUCAACAAUUAUGCUCUUGCUUGCGCUCUCUUGGCUUCCACGAAUUCUAUCUUGUUAGGCUACGAUAUUGGUGUGAUGAGCGGUGCAGUACUUUACAUUAGAGAAAACCUGAAAAUUUCAAAAACCCAAGUGGAGAUUUUGGUAGGAGUGUUGAAUGUUUGUUCACUUUUAGGCUCGCUGGCGUCAGGCAAAACCUCAGAUCAAAUAGGCAGACGUUAUACUAUAGUAUUAGCUGCAACCACUUUUAUAGUGGGUGCUCUUUUAAUGGGUCUAGCACCGUCUUUCCCUUUCCUUAUGGCUGGUCGAAUUAUUGCCGGAAUUGGUGUCGGUUAUUCUCUCAUGAUCGCUCCAGUCUACACCGCUGAGAUAUCUCCAGCCAUGACACGUGGCUUCCUCACCUCUCUCCCUGAAGUCUUUAUUGUUUUUGGAAUUCUUUUAGGUUAUAUUGUUAAUUAUGCCUUAUCAGGUUUGCCACAACAUAUAAACUGGAGGCUAAUGUUAGGUCUUGCGGCGAUUCCUUCUUUGCUCAUUGGCAUUGGCGUUACUGCAAUGCCAGAAACGCCUCGUUGGCUUGUAAUGCGAGGUAAAAUAGAUAAUGCAAAAAGGGUUUUGAUUAAAAUAUCAGAUAGUACAGAGGAAGCUGAGUUCAGACUUGCAGAAAUAAUAAAAGCAGCCUCAGCUUCUAGUUCUAAUGAUGUUUGGCAUGGACAAGGGGUUUGGAAGGAACUGUUAUUAAGACCAUCUAGGCCGGUUAUCCGGAUGCUUAUCGCUGCUGUUGGGAUUAAUUUUUUCAUGCAAGCUUCAGGUAAUGAUGCUGUUAUAUAUUACUGCCCUGAAGUGUUCAAAGCCGCAGGAAUUCACAACAAAAGAACUCUUUUUGGUGUCAAUGUAAUUAUGGGAUGUUCUAAAGCUUUCUUCGUGUUAAUAUCUGCUCUUUAUUUAGACCGCUUUGGAAGACGGCCACUUUUGCUGCUGGGCUCCGCCGGAAUGACGGUUUCGUUGGUGGUUUUAGGAUCGGGUUCUAUGGUUCUUGAUCAUUCUAAUACCAAGCCUGUAUGGGCUAUUGUGUUGGGUAUAAUAGCAGUUUGUGGGUUUGUUUCUUUCUUUUCUAUUGGGCUCGGGCCCAUUACAUGGGUUUACUCAUCGGAAAUUUUUCCCUUGAGAUUACGGGCUCAAGGCUCAGGUUUAGCCAUUUCGGUGAACCGGUUGGUUAGCGGGUUGGUGUCCAUGACUUUUUUGACCCUUGCUGAGAAGAUAACUUUUGGGGGAGUAUUUUUUAUGCUUGCAGGUAUUAUGGUGAUUGGAACGCUCUUCUUUUAUUUAGUUAUGCCAGAGACGAAAGGAAAGACCUUGGAAGAGAUUGGGGCUCUCUUUGAGGAUAAAGCUAAGCCCAUUGACAAUGCAAGGCCCAUGACACAAAUGUAAUAAUUGAAUGUGUUUGUGGUGAAAAUAUAAUGAGUUCAGUAAAUUUCUUAAGUGGAAAAUUAAUUACAUGCCGGCAGGGAAGUUUAAUUACGUAAAGGACAAACGCAUAGGAGGUAAAUAAAACAAAAAUUAGUGAAAAGUCAUAAUCCCUUAGUCAAACACAAUACUCCAAUUAGAAAAAUGCAAAAAUAGGGUUUGAAAUUUUUAGAGCAUUUUCAAAUAUUAAUCAUAAAAAGAGAGAGAGAGAAAGUGGGAAUAGGAAUUAGGAAAUCAAUGUCAAGGCAAUAGUU